CUCUUCCUGUCUCUUACAGAGGAAGAAGAGGAGCAAGUGCCUACAGAUGGCGGGACAUCAGCCGAAGCUAUGCAAGUUCCUCUUGAAGAAGGAGAAAUGGAUGAUAAUGAAACCAUUAAUGAUGAAAACUUUUUGCAUAAAAGACCCUUGGAGAGUCCAGAAAUCCAAGAAAUGCCUUUUGCAAAACGCCAACGAUUAAUGAACGCUAAAGGCGAUAUUUUAGAUGGAACAUUAGAACCACGAGAACCACUUAGUUCAAUAAAUGCUCAAAAGGUUCCUCCUAUUAUUUCACCCAAUCACAUACAGGACAGUUCAGGAUUGGCUCUACCCGUCACAGAAGCUUUAGCUAUGUCUCCUAUUUUAAAACCCCAAACCCCCUCUUCGAAACCGUUAGAAUCUAAAACUGUGACCUCUAAAUCGAAAUCAAAAGGUUCGCCAGGACAAAAAAAACAAAUCUCCCAAAUCCACACCACAGGUGGCAGUACUUGGCAGCCCUAUACGGUCACCUAAGUCUGGUCCAAAAGAAAAGAAAUCUCCUGGACGUGCCAAAAGUCCUAAGAGCCCCAAGAGUCCAAAAGCUGCUGGAGCUACUGUUCAGUUGCCUGUAAAGUCAGAAACUCCAAAUCGCACACCACUAGCUGCACUAAGUGAAAAGAUAGGAAAGGAUAACGUACAGGUAAAACAAAAUCCAAUCUUGCAAGAUUCUGAAAAAAUAAAUGCCGAAAAUCCAUCUAAGAAGCCAUCAGUGGCUGAUAAUACCAUAGAAGAUUCUAUUGAUGCUGUAAUUGCUCGUGCUUGUGCUGAGCAAGAGCCUGAUCCAUUUGAGUUUUCAUCAGGUUCAGAGUCUGAGAGUGAAGUAUUUACUAGUCCUAAGAGACUUACUAUAGCAGAACCUGCUACACCUAAAAUGUCAGCUUCUAACAGCCUUCUUGGUAAGGCUUGCAGCACACCACUUCCUGGUUCAGGUGGAACUUCCAGUUCUGAUAUUUCAUGGACAAUGGAUGACUCCAUAAAUGAGGUCAUUCGAAAAGUCAACCAAGAAACACCAUCAAAUAACCCCAUCAGUCAGCCAUGUUUCUCUUCUCCUUCAACCUCCCCUCCUACUCCUGAACCACUUGUCAAACUGCAUGAGGAGAAGGCCAAGCUGGCUUCCCCUGUAGAGCCAAAGAAGAAGACAAAGAAAGAACUAAAAGCGAAGAUGAAGAAAAAAGAUAAGGAAAAACAGAAAGAUAAAGAAAGGAGCAAGGAAAAGAACAAAGAUAAAAAAGAAAAGGAAAAAGACAAAGAUGGUAGCAAAGAUUCAAAACUUCAGUGGAAAGACUCAAUCAAAGAUGAAGAUUCAGAUGUCCACAAGUUAAAAAUAAAGGAUGCAAAUGACUCUGACUUAAAAUCAAAGCAAAAGGAAAGCAGUGGGAAGAAAGAUAAGGAAAAGCAUAAGGAUAAAAAGAAAGAUAAAGAAAAGAAUAAAAAGGAUAAAGAAAAAAAAGAAAAGGGAAAAGAUAAGAACAAAGAGGAAAAGUUAAAAACUUUACCACAGACACCUGUUUUGCUAACACCAAAAGAUAAUGUAGUUCCAGCGAUAAGUACUCCCAAUUCUGUCAGGCUGCCUUCUCUGAUGCCUUCUAUGUCACCAUUACUUCCUGAAAAGGUGGUAGAAGAAAAAGAGAAAACAAAGGAGAAGGAUAAGAAAAAAGAUAAGAAAGAGAAGAAGAAAAAGAAGGACAAAGAGAAAGUAAAGGACAAAGAAAAAGAGAAAAAAGAAAAGGAAAAGAAAGACAAAGAUAAGGAAAAGCAUAAGCAUGACAAAGCCAAAGUAGAGAUACCUGUUCCUGCUCCUUCACCUGUAAUCCCCCGGCUGACACUUAGGGUUGGUGCAGGUCAAGAUACAAUUGUCAUCAGCAAAGUGGUAUCCGCUCCAGAUGCAAAAGCAGCUACAACACCGUCCUUGCCUAAAUCGCCUCCACCUACCCCAUCUCCAGCACCCGUUCCAGUUCUUGUCGUGCCUCCUCCAGUCCAAGCCCCUCCUGCCCCUGCAGCUUCAUCACCCGCUCCAAACCCACCUCCUGCUGCCCCUGCACCAAACAAAGAAAACUCGAAGACUCCGUACAGGAGUGUUGUCACAGAGACAGUCAGCACCUACGUGAUCCGAGAUGAAUGGGGCAAUCAGAUCUGGAUCUGUCCAGGAUGCAAUAAAGCAGAUGAUGGUAGUCCAAUGAUUGGCUGCGAUGGAUGUGACGAUUGGUACCACUGGUAA